AUGUGCUUCAAGAUGGAAAAGAUUAGAAAUUGCAUUAAAAGAAGACGAGCAAGUGUUGAAACUGUCGAGACAUAUGAUAAUCAGAAGACAAAGUUUGAAAACCCUCCGAACUCGAAAAGCUCAUUGUUUAUAACAAAACUUUCGAAGCAAAAUACUCCAAGAAUUCAAAGGAAUUUCUCAUGCCCAGAAAUAAAAACUAAAAAUAGCCCACAUAAUUUAAAACCUACUCUCAGUAAAAGGUGAAAAUCACCUUUUUUAGAAGUAUCUAUAGCCAUAAAAACUCCUUCAAUGCCUCAGCUCUCCCAAUUUUUUAAACUUUCAGGUCAAAGUUUAAAAGCCAAGCCAUCAUCUUUAUACCCAUGCGGCUCAGUCCGAAUCAUCAAAAAGAAAAAAUCAUGCUCAUCAAUCUCAGUAGGUGAGCAAACACAAACCAUGAUAUAG